AUGGCUCCUGAAAUAUCAAAUAUCUUUUUGCCCCGAUAUGGCGCCGUCGACCCGGACCUGUGGAAGCGCUUCAUGGAAGAUGGGAAGAUCACAGCUGACUGUCUGCCCCCAGCCAACGAGUCUCUCGCCAUGGCUUCGGCGAAAGCGUCCAGUUCCAAGUCCCCUAAUGUCACCUUGACAGCUUCUGAUCAAGAACAAGCGAUGGUGUACCUCUUCGAACAGUCCGUCGAGAGCAUACUACACGAUAUCCUCCUGGAAAUCCAUCAAGAAGAGAAGAUCGCUCGAAUGCAGACAGCCGUCGUCGAACUCGAGCAGAAAGCUGAAAAACUCCGCAGCAAGCCAGACAGCGAAGCUGAACACAAUACCGCAGACCAAGCCGUUGAGACAAGUGCUGCUAUCUUAAAGUCCGGUCAGAUUCAACUGAAAGGCAACCCAAUGAAGACAGUAAAGCACAUCAGAUGCCCCAACUGUCGGCUGCGGCGUCUAUUAUACCCUAGGGUCGGCUACAAUUCCCGCCCUGUUCCAGAUCCCACCGAACAAUACUGCAAGACUGAGCCAAUGAUUAUCGUCGACAAGCAUGAUGUCCACGGUCAACGCAAGAAGGGUGUCAAAGUAAAAGGCCAGCCUAAGAAUAAGAAGAAAAAGAAGGACGACCCGGGCUCUCCUGCGGCUUCGGAAAACUCUGAUCCGUUGACUCCCUCGUCCUCCAUGCCUGCCGACUCAUUUGAGUUCAAAGAGAUUGACUAUCCUGCGGCCAAAUGCCCCAACCGGGAAUCUCAUCUUGGUGACCAUUGGAAAUCCGUCAACGUUUUCGCUACACACUUGAAUGGCAGUUGCUUCCUUAAGAAAGACCGAGCUGCCGGUCGUGAGGCAAAUGCAAAGAUCGGCGGUACUCCUCGCGACAGCCGGGCAAACUCACCCAAACCGGCCACCAACGGCGGCGUUAAGCGCAAAGCCGAGGACGAUGAGAAGAGUGUCGGUAGUGGUCCCAGCAAAAACAAGAAGCAGAAGACGGCUGCCGGAGACGUCAAGAAGACGGACAAGAAGGCCCCGCCGAGCAAACUGAAAGAAGUCAAUAACAUUGGCGAUGAAGGCAGUCCCAACCCCAAGGACGCGACCGGAGACACAAUACAAGUGACGCCCACCAAGUCGAUGAGGGACGCGAGCUCCGAGCCACAGAUCAAGCUCAAACUGAAGACGAGUGCCACGGCCGCCGCAGCCGCCGGUAGUGGGGAGGGAGGCGCUCGCAAGAAGCCGAGCAAGGCGAGCAAGAAAUGA